UGGCGAGUUGCUCGGCUACAGCUAGCAAUAGGGAGGGAGUUGCAAGGUCAUUCAAUAGCACAUGACGUAUUCGCUCAAAUGCAGAAGAACGAUGAAAAAUCAAGUAAGCAUAAGGUUGUUCUUUUUGACCGCAGUGAAGGAAUAUUCGCUAUUAAUGGCACCUUGCACAACCAUGUGUCGUGAUCCAGAGGGUGCCUAAGAUGAUGCAGCUCAACCACUUCACGUGGAUAUGGAUCCCAUAUAAC